GAUAGCUGAUUCUUCAACUUCUCUGCUGUUGAAGGAUUUUUGAAGAGAAACCAUGGUGGUGAAGUUGUACGGUCCCCACUGUGCUGCCUCUAAACGAGCGCUGGUUUGUCUGAUUGAGAAGGAAAUCGAAUUUGAGGUUGUCCCUGUUGAUGUCAGUAAGGGGGAACAGAGGGAUCCUGAGUACCUCAAAUUACAGCCCUUUGGAGUUGUUCCUGUCAUUCAAGAUGGAGAUUAUACCUUAUAUGAAUCUCGGGCAAUAAUGAGGUAUUAUGCAGAAAAGUACAGGUCUCAAGGGGUUGAGUUGCUGGGAAAGACAAUAGAAGAGAGGGGUCUUGUGGAACAAUGGUUAGAAGUUGAAGCACAUAACUUUCACCCACCAGCCUACAACUUGGCCAUUCAUGUUUUGUUUGCUUCAAUGCUUGGUAUGACUCCUGAUCCCAAGGUGAUUGAAGAGAGUGAAGCAAAUCUGAGGAAGGUUUUGAACAUUUAUGAGGAGAGGCUUUCAAAAAACAAGUAUUUGGCUGGGGAUUUCUUCAGUCUUGCUGAUAUUAGCCACCUUCCUUUUAUGGAUUAUAUUGUGAACAAUAUGAAGAAAGAGUACUUGAUUAAGGAGAGGAAGAAUGUGAGUGCAUGGUGGGAUGAUAUAAGCAAUAGACCAUCAUGGAAGAGGAUUCUCCAGCUCUAUAGAGCUCCAAUCUAGUGGCUAAUCAUGGAAACUAUUUAAGUAAUCUAUCAUCUUUGAUCAUGUUAUUAAAGAAUAAAUAAAUGCAUUUUAACCAAAUCCCAAGGGGAUUGAGGGAUUAAGGAUGAGAGUGGGUUCUUUUCAACCUAAUGGAAUGUGUUGAAUUUCUUCCUUCUCUCCUUUCAUAUCCAGUUAUGUUGAAUUUGGGUAUUCCUUUUUGUUCAUCAUGCUAUUUGUUUACAUGUUGU